UUUUAACCGCUUAGAUUAAAUCUUACAAAUCAGCAAUGAGUGCGACGCCAACUCUUUCACGGUGUUCUCAAGCCAGGACUCUCAACUUCAGGCGGACAUCAAACGCUGUCCGGCCAUUCCGGACCGCCCGGAUACCCAUUAGAGUGCUUCCUGAGCAAGGAGAAGACAUUUCGGAAGCCCUCAAGGCCGAUCUCGAGCGGUUGAGGGCCAAAUCUGCUUCCGGAGCUGCGGGAGGCCCAUCGGGCACGGCCCAACAGCCGCCGAAGGCAGAGGAGGCUGCGGGACCUUUACCAGGGCAGUUUAAAGAUGCUUUGGAUAAGUUGCUCAUUGCGGAUUUCUUCUUGGUGCUCUUCAUUCUGGCCUGGCUGGCGGGCGGUGUGCUCCAGAACGCACUGAAUGGCGGUAGCGGCAGCCCCCUGCUGGACGCCUGGUAUCCCUUGUGGCCGCUGCUGUGGCAGCCCGCACUGGGCGUGCUGAUGGCCGGGGCGCUGGUUAGCGGCGGACUUGGAUGGCUCAGGGAACAGCAGCAGCAGCGGCAGUAGCAGUCGCGGUCGCGGUCGCAGUAGCAGAGGGAGAUUGGCUAAGGCAGUAGCAGUGGCAUCGGCAAUAGUAACGGCUGUAGCAAGCAGCAGCGUUGGUAGUGGUAGAUGAAUGCGAGAGCUUAGUUGGGCGUAAGGCCCAAUGCGUGACUGUUUUAGACUAACUGUUUCGCAACGGUCCGUGUCCUCAGGGGCGUCAUUUAUUGCGCGCAUUGAGCUGGUUAGCUUAUCUUGUUUUUGUUGUUCGGCGCGCGUUCGCCCGCCCGCCCAC